GAGUUUCCUCGGAGGCCCUCCAAGGCAGGACAAAACCUGCACCAUUGGGACCGAGAGAGCGAGAGGCGGUGCGGCAGUGGGCAGCUUUUGAAGCAUUUUUUCAAGCCCGCUCCGCGCGGGGCGCCUCUCGUCACCUGGCACGCGCUUGUCUAUCUCGAGAGGCCGCGCGCUCCCGCGGAGCGCGCCGUAUGGGCGCCCCCGGGGCAGGCCGCGGGGCCGCCCGCGGCGCAGGAGCGCCGCGGGCCCAGGGAAGUGUACAAAGCUCGCCGCCAGGGGCGCGCGGAGCUCGGGG